UUCAUAUAUUACAAAAAUGGCGGAAAUAAAGUCACGUCGUGUCGCGCAAACAGAAGAUUUAUCAAACGUUGAGUUUGAAACUAGUGAAGAUGUGGAAGUUAUUCCAACAUUCGAUAAUAUGGGACUCAGAGAUGAGUUAUUACGUGGAAUUUAUGCUUAUGGUUUUGAGAAACCUUCUGCGAUUCAACAACGAUCUAUUAAACCAAUCAUGAAAGGACGAGAUGUAAUUGCACAAGCUCAAUCUGGUACAGGGAAAACAGCAACAUUUUCAAUUGCUAUAUUGCAAUCUUUAGAUACACAAGUUCGAGAAACACAAGUAUUGGUCUUGUCGCCUACAAGAGAAUUGGCAACUCAAAUACAAAAAGUUAUUCUGGCUUUAGGAGAUUUUAUGAAUGUUCAAUGUCAUGCUUGUAUAGGUGGUACAAAUCUUGGAGAAGAUAUUAGAAAAUUAGAUUAUGGACAGCAUGUCGUAUCAGGCACACCUGGAAGAGUAUUUGAUAUGAUAAAAAGAAGAGUUCUUAGAACAAGAGCUAUAAAAAUGUUAGUUCUUGAUGAAUCUGAUGAAAUGUUAAAUAAAGGUUUCAAAGAACAAAUUUAUGAUGUAUAUAGAUAUUUGCCACCCGCAACACAAGUUGUAUUGGUAUCUGCAACAUUACCACAUGAAAUUCUUGAAAUGACAAGUAAAUUUAUGACAGAUCCGAUUCGUAUUCUUGUAAAACGUGAUGAAUUGACAUUAGAAGGAAUAAAACAAUUUUUUGUGGCUGUUGAAAGAGAAGAAUGGAAAUUUGAUACAUUAUGUGACUUAUACGAUACAUUGACAAUAACACAGGCAGUAAUUUUCUGUAAUACUAAACGUAAAGUGGAUUGGCUGACAGAAAAAAUGAGAGAAGCUAAUUUCACAGUUUGUUCUAUGCAUGGUGAUAUGCCUCAGAAAGAAAGAGAUAACAUAAUGAAAGAAUUUCGAUCUGGACAAAGUCGUGUUUUAAUUACGACUGAUGUGUGGGCAAGAGGAAUAGAUGUUCAACAAGUAUCUCUUGUGAUCAAUUAUGAUUUACCUAAUAAUCGUGAAUUAUAUAUUCAUAGAAUAGGACGAUCAGGACGUUUUGGAAGAAAAGGCGUUUCCAUUAAUUUUGUAAAAACUGAUGAUAUAAGAAUUCUUCGAGAUAUUGAACAAUAUUAUUCAACACAAAUUGAUGAAAUGCCUAUGAAUGUAGCAGACUUAAUAUAAUGUUAAACUUUAAAUUUUUAUUAAAUAAGAAUUAUUAUGCAAAAAA